UUCGUGCUAUGUUGGAACUCCUCGUCUAGACUCCAGCUACAACCACUGGUGACAUUGCGCGGCAUCCCCACCUCGAUUUCGUUUGGCUGUACUGAGCAAAGUCUUGCCUGAAGUUUCUGGGGAUCGGUUUCUGGGGCCAGAGCGGCUAGUUCUCUCUCGUCACGAGUUGAGCGUUGUGACAGGAAAUUACCACAACCAGGAUGGCUCAAGCGGCAAUCUUCCUGACUACAGUCUUGCUGGUACUCUGCCUUCACCAUGCUACGAGCCAAGUGGCCAAAAUGCGUUGGUGCACCACCUCCAGCCACGAGGAGGAAAAAUGUCUGGCUAUGAAGCAAGCCUUUGCCAAUAAUAACCUGAAGACUCUGAACUGUGUUGUCGGGGAAAGCGCCAUGCACUGCAUGCGGCUUAUCAGCACCAACCAGGCUGACUUGAUCACCCUGGAUGGCGGGGACGUCUAUGUUGCAGGAAAAGAGUUCAACAUGAUACCCAUCAUGCAAGAAGUCUACGCAGGCAACAACACUGGCUACUAUGCCAUUGCUGUGGUGAAGAGAAGCAACACAGGGUUUGGCUUGAGAGACCUCCAAGGGAAGAAGUCCUGCCAUACCGGGGUUAGGAAGACGGCCGGCUGGAACGUUCCCGUUGGUUACCUUCUGGAGGCAGGUUACAUGAUCCCAACGGAUUGCCAAGAUGACAUUCGCUCUACCGGUGCCUUUUUCAGUGAAAGUUGUGCCCCAGGUGCUUUGUCCUCUGAAUAUAACCCUGACGGGAACAACCCAGAGAGUCUGUGUGCCUUGUGCCAAACCACAACGCCCAUCAAGUGUCCCCGCAACUCCAACGAACCCUUCUACAAUUAUGGUGGGGCGUUCAGGUGCAUGGCAGAUGGGGGCGGGGACGUUGCAUUCAUCAAGCCUGUGACCAUCACAGAGAACACAGAUGGGAACAACCAAGCAGAUUGGGCUAUCAGCUUGCGUUCUCAAGAUUUCCAGCUCCUCUGCAAAGACAACACGAGAGCGGAUGUUGGACAGCAUGAAAGCUGCAAUCUAGCUUUUGUACCAUCUCACGCUGUUAUGGCCUCCAAGAAUUUCGACUCGGCUGUUCUGGAAGAUUUCCGCACCGUCCUUGGGAGAGCUCAGGAGCUUUUUGGGUCAGAUACCAAUCCCAAUGGCUUCUCCAUGUUUGACUCCAGUCUCUACGGGGCUUCCAACCUGCUCUUCAAGGAUUCUACCCAGAUGUUGGAAGAUGUAACUCAGGAAUACGAUGCAUUCCUAGGAGCAGACUACCUGGCGACUCUGAAAGGUCUUGGUAAGUGCCCCAACGGCACCCUGCGUUGGUGCGCCAUAUCUGCACAGGAGAAGAGCAAGUGUCGCGCCAUGAAAGCAGCCUUCAGUGGUGCUGGUAUCACGCCCAAUAUUUCUUGCUAUGAGUCCUACUCAGCAGAUGCCUGUGCUGUGGAUAUUGCAGGUGACGAAGCAGAUUUGGUGUCUCUGGAUGGGGGAGAGCUGUAUGAACAUGGACGAGAGGGUCGUGUGGCACCCAUCUUGGCCGAAGACUACGGCACGGGUGAUCCCACUGCCAGAUACUGGGGCGUUGCUGUGGUGAAGCGAUCCUCCAGCUUCACUAUUAAUGAUCUGGAGGGAAAGAAGUCAUGUCACACUGGCUACAUGAGGAGUGCUGGCUGGGUAGUACCCAUUGGAUUCUUGAUCAACCGAGGUGACAUCGUCAGUAGCCAUGCAUGCGACAUUCCCAGAGCAGUCGGUGAGUUCUUUAGUCAGAGCUGUGUGCCUGGAGUGUUGGAGCCAUCUAACAACCCUUUCAACACCAACCCAGACAAUCUGUGUGCACUGUGUAGGGGUGAAGGCGAAAAUAAAUGCAAGCCCAACCAUAACGAGCCCUAUGCGGGUUAUGACGGUGCGUUCAGGUGUUUGGUUGAAGACAGUGGCGACGUUGCCUUUGUCAAGCACAGCACUGUGCCCUCAAACGUUAACGGCGACCAAUCCUGGAACUCUGGUGUCCGAAAGGAAGACUACCAGUUGCUGUGUCCAGAUGGCACCCGGAAGAACAUUGACGAUUACAGAGAUUGUAACCUGGCGAAGUUGCCCUCACACGCUGUUGUGACUGCUGUUGGUAAGACCACUUCACAGCGAGAGGUAAUGAAAACUGUGCUGGAGAGUGGACAGGAUCAAUUCAGAUUGGACAACAGCCCUCAAGGUGUCUUCAAGAUGUUUGACUCGGCAGGUUAUGGUGUUUAUGCUCGUGACCUCCUCUUCAAGGAUAUAACGCUGUAUCUGAAUGAUACCCCCGCCACCUAUGACCAGUACCUGAGUCAGGAGUAUCGAGAUGCCUUGGACGUCCUCUACUGCGAACCGUAUUCUACUGAACGCCCUCUACUCGACUCUACUGAACGCCCUCUACUCGACUCUACUGAACGCCCUCUACUCCACUCUACUGAACGCCAUCUACUCGACUCUACUGAACGCCCUCUCCUCGACCCUACUGAACGCCCUCGUCGAUCCGCGAGACGUUCAUCCGCUGCCACUCUCCUCCCCUCCCUCCCGGUGAUGAUGGUUGCCUGGGUGAUGCAUCGCCUUUCCCGUGGUUAAGGAGGAGCUGGGUUCCAAAAAUGAAGGGUCUCAGCGAGAGGGCCUCAAAGUCGGCAUGAGAAGUGCCACAUUCUGGCAGCCUAGAUUUCGGCGUGAGUCGACGUCAAGACUAGGAAAUCUCUCAAUUAAAAGCAAUGGCCUGUUUUGUUUGGUUUCUGUGUUUUGGUUGUGACUCGCCCAUUUAAAACUUAGACAAAUUGUUAGCAGUUGUAGUCAUCCAUUCUGUAGUUCUCAGAGAGAUUUGUGGGUGUGUUUAUUUCGUUUACGGUAAAAUUCAUUAGUUUUCAUACACUCAGAAUCUGAGGUAUUCCUAUCAAAAGGCAUUUUAGCCUUCUCAAAUUCACCCUGAAGGGCCAAAGUGAAACUUGAAAUUCUUUUCAUCCAUCGACUGUCUAUCUCAGCGGAGCUGAAGUAUCAUUGGCUUUAAAACAUGCUUGCUUUCUUCGUAUCUUUCGUUCAUCCACAUCAUUUCUCUGGUUCUUGCAUAGCUUUAUUUAGCCACAUUGUAGUUCUUGAUGUGAUCAAUUCCUUUUUCGAUUUGGCUUUCCUUUUUUGUUUGUAGUGUGCAAGCUAACAGGCUCAUUUGAGUAAUUUCAUAGAGGGAGAAUUUGACGAAGAAACAGAAUGCAGAAUGGUACAUGAGCCCCUUCAGGGUCAAACCCAGACUGAACCCGCCAGUUGUGUAGCAAAGAUGUACUCCUUGAGCCAGCUGGUGGCCCAAAAAGAGUGUGUUGGGUGUGCAAGGGAAUGAAAAUGAAACGGUCGGAUCAGUGUGCGGAAACAGGGCUCCGUUAGAUUGGUUUGCUAACAUCAAGUACCCCCUCAAUUGUUGAAAAGGAGAGAGUGGGGCUACUGGAGGGUAUCCACUAAUUCAAGCCCCAUUGAAAACAGUGUAAAGUCAACACCGUUCAGGGCCCAACAUCCCUAAGAUUUCUGAA